UACCCGUAGUUCCGUGCGAUCAACGCGGAAGCAGCUUUGAAUGGCAGCAGCGCUAACUGGUAUCAGUGUUUUUAUUCUCAAUUACGGCCAGCAUACAUAACACAAAGGCAGAUUACUGAAUGCCGACACACGUGGCCUUUUUUGUUUUUAUAUACAUAACGUUUGAUAGAAACUCCACCUGAAAUGUGAUGCCAGUGGCUUUCCAUAUUCCACAUUCUGGCUAAGCCUGCUGCUAGCUCGCGAGUCAAAUCACUAACUUGCCCGUGGUGCCGACCAGCAAGAUGAAAGUCCGCGCGUCGGUUUUCGCCUCGUUCAUAUUAAUACUCGAAGUGGUCGGCGUUGCCCUCUUCCUGCGGGGGUUCUUCCCCGUGCCCGUCAAGUCCUCGGUGUCGUCCAAGAGCCAGCUGUCGGACCUGCCGGCGGAGCCGCUGUCAGGGGGCUCGCCCAACUCCUCCCGCCUCCCGCAGCCCCUCUUCCGACGGGUGGUUGUCAUGCUGGUGGACGCCCUGCGGGAGGACUUUGUGUUCGGACCCAGCGGGCGCAUGUACAUGCCCUACACCAGGCAUGUGGUGGAGAGGAGCUCGUCGCACAGUUUCGUGGCCAAGGCGAGGCCCCCGACGGUCACCAUGCCCAGGAUCAAGGCUCUCACCACUGGCACCAUCCCAGGCUUCAUUGAUGUGGUAAUGAACCUAAAUUCUCCCGCGCUGCUGGAAGACAACCUCAUCUGGCAGGCCAAAACGGCGGGGAAGAGGAUGGUUUUCUACGGAGAUGACACCUGGGUCCGCCUCUUCCCCAAACACUUCAUGGAGUACGACGGCACAACCUCAUUCUUUGUGUCCGACUACACCGAGGUUGACAACAAUGUGACCCGUCAUUUGGACAGCACCCUCAAGAGAGACGACUGGGACAUUUUGAUCCUUCACUACCUGGGCCUGGACCACAUUGGUCACAUCAGUGGACCCCACAGCUCACUCAUCCAGCCCAAACUGCUGGAGAUGGACGACGUCCUGAAGAAGAUUCACGGCGCUCUCAUCUCCAAGGAGGCAGAGGGAUCUCUGCCCUACCUGCUGGUGCUGUGUGGGGACCACGGCAUGUCGGAGACCGGCAGCCACGGAGGCUCCUCGGAGCCAGAAGUCAACACGCCCCUGGUGCUCAUAAGUCCGGCCUUCAAAAGAAAGGUGGGAAUGGAGAAGCCCGGAGUGGUCGAGCAGGUCGACCUGACCCCAACCCUGGCCCUGGGACUGGGCCUGCCCAUAUCUCAAAACAGCGUGGGGCGCGUCAUCCCAGGUGUCCUGGAAGAAACCUCACUCCGAGACCAGCUGCGCUUUCUGCAUCUCAAUGGUCACCAGCUCAGCUGCCUGCUUAAAGACAGCAUGCCCAACUAUGAGAAAGACGCCGGCUUCGAGCAGUUCCGUGUGGCAGAAAAGGCUCAUGGGAGCUGGAUGAAGCUCUACCUGGAGGGAAACACCUCUGAGGUGCUGAGCAACAUGGGCAAAAAGGUCCUGAAGCAGUAUCUUGAUGCACUGGCUGCCAUGAGCUCAGCUCUCAGCCAACAGCUGGGCAAGUACGACAUGUACUCCAUGAUCGCAGGCAUGGUCUUUGUGUUUCAGCUCCUGUUGGUCUUAGUGCUGGCGAUGCCUGAAGCCCUCAGUGGUGCCGCAGAAGUGGACCUCCCCGUCCUCUCAGCCCUGCUCUCCCUGCCCUUCUACCUCCUGUGCCUGCUGCUCGCCUCAGUUCACGUCUUGGUGUGCACAUCUGCCGAGAGCUCCUGCUACUUCUGCAGCCUCUCCUGGGGUCUCGUGUUUGCCGCCGUUGCCUUCUCCUCUGCAAUGUUUUGUAUUCUGAUCUCCAUGGCAACACGCCGACUCCCCCUGGGGCCAAAGAUUCACGGAAAGUCUCCACUGAGGAGCGGUGGCAGUGAGUGGUCACUGUCAGAGCUGGACGUGCUGCUGCUGGCUGGCACCAUCGGACACACUCUCAGCCUGGCGGCCAGCAGCUUCGUCGAGGAAGAGCACCAAACCUGGUACUUUCUGCUCAGCACCCUCUGCCUCGCCGUCUUCCAGGACGUCUGCCGCAAAUACUUCAGGGAGCAGAGGGGCUCGGGAGACGAGGAAGAGCACGUGCUCCCUUCCAAAGACUGCCGUCCCUCCGCUCACCCCAAGGCAGAGGUUUGCUCGGAGAAGUGGCUAGCAUUGGCCACGCCGCCCUUCACUCUGGCCUGCUGCCGGCUGCUGCGCUCACUCAACCAGACGGGGGUGCAAUGGGCUCACCUUCCCGAUGUUGGACACUGGCUUAACAGCUCUGAACACAAGGUGGUACUCUCCCUGCUUGCUGCUUUCUGUUUGGCUCUGAUCUACCUCCUGGUUCAAAGACGGUGCUCGUGGGUCUCCAAGGUCGCCCUCGCUCUCGGACUACUGGGCGUCUACAGCUACCGGGCGGCUGUCGACAACGUCUCGUUUCCCUGGCAACGCUCUGGUCGCACCAUGUCCAAGGGAACGGUGGAGGCACGCUUUGUUUAUGUCUUUGUGUUGGGCAUCCUCUUCACGGGCACCAAGGACCUGCUGCGAUCCCAAAUCGUCACCGCAGACGCCAAGCUGAAGAGCAGGGGACUCUGGGAGAUCUACAGCGGCUUGGUCUUGCUGGUUACGUUGUUGUUCCGCGCUCACAACCUGCCCGUGCUCUGCUGCUCUCUGCUGAUUCAGUCGCUCAUGGCCCAGUUCAUCUGGAAGAAGCUCCACUACGACGCAGCCCAGACCACCAUCAUGCACUACUGGUUUGGUCAGGCCUUCUUUUACUUUCAGGGCAAUUCCAACAACAUCGCCACCGUGGACAUUUCAGUCGGAUUCAUUGGACUGGAAAGUUACGUGGAAGCACCUGCCGUCUUCCUAACGGCCCUCAACACUUAUGCGGGGCCCCUGCUCUGGGCGUGUCACCUGGUCUGCUACCUCAGCUCAGAGAGACACCGGAGCCCGGUUGCAGUCAGCCACGGUUGCUACUGUUUGGCCCUGCUGAGGUCUGUGCCUGCUGCAGCCUACAUUGUGCUGGUCACCGUCCUGCGCUACCACCUCUUCAUAUGGAGCGUCUUCUCGCCCAAACUGCUGUACGAGUCCAUGCACCUGCUGCUGACCGCGGGAGUCUGUCUCUUCUUCAACACGAUGGAGCAAAGCCGCAGCGUCGGUACGUCUUAGUGCAGCCGAACACGCAGCUCUUCCAUUCCAAAGGGUCGGACGCAGUCUCUCGAUUGUGUGUUUAAGAAAAUGCCCCUAAGGAACGAUGCGCACUCCAGCAUGCUUCUCCUCCCUCUGUAGUGUACUGACCUGAAGAGAUGCUUCCGUAAGAGUCCGUCCUCUGGCAAAAGUACUUUGAGAAGCACUUACGAUGUAUUUUUGAGCAACAUAUUUAAUAUUUAAUUCUUUCCAAGGUGAAAAUGUUUGCGGUUGAAUAAAGGUGGAAUGGUGUAAAUAAGCUUUUUGAAAAAAUAACUUUUUUUAUAUAUACAUAUGGUUACCUCAGGGACCGGUGUACAGUGAGCCACAGAGCUUCAUAGGCAGCAAUGCAGAGUUGAUUUUGGCUCCAUGGGUUGAAUGUCACAAUGUGUUUAUGUUUAACAGUAAGAACGUGAUGUGCACGGAGCUGAACUCUUUUGACGACAGUUGUUUUGUAGAUCACCAAACCCAAUGACACAUGGUAAGUUUUAAAGGUGUUUGUGCACAUAAAUGUGUGUAUCUGUGGAGCCUGCCAGCUCACAAACUGUGAACAAAGACCACCCUGUAGCGUUUUUUGUGAGCUUGCUAAACCCUACAGCCUGGCUCUGAACAACUGGUUCCGAUUUCUCUCCCACUGUGAUGUCACAGUUGGACUCUUUUGAGGUAACCCCACCUGCAAUCUGAGAAUCUCCACUUCUCUGGUGAAGGGGCGAGAUAUUUCCUACACAGUUUGAAAGCGGUUGACCAAUCACAACAGACUGGGCCAGCUGGCCAAUCAGAGCAGAGUGGGGUUUAUCGAGAGGCGUGGCUAAAAGCAAUCCAGGCGCUUAAGACAGAGGGUGAAAAGAGGAGCUGCAGGAAUGGGCAGUAUGAGAACACUGAUGCCUUUUAUGAACAUUAGAGCAUGUAGACCUUUUCAACUGGUAACCCAAAUUAAAAGUAUGAACCUGAAUAUUAGCAUAAUAUGUCACCUUUAAUAACCAAACUAAAAAUGGCUGACUUCAAUGAAACUGCCUCAGUUUCAGGGGCCUGGUAUUGCACAUGUCGGUACUGGGACACUUGAAUACAACAGGUCUGUUGUCAAUGUCAACGCCUGUGAUUUUCCUUGUGUGACAGGUCAACACGUGUGCUGUGAAGAAGGCCUAUUGACCAAAAGUUUAUGUUGUUGCUCUUAAAAACCAACACAAGUGUGAUGGGGAUGUCAGCUCCAAUGUCCAUUUUAAAACAUUUUUCUACGUCAUACGAUGUCGAGGCCCAUUAAGAACACCCGACACUCUUCUCUUUUUUUGACGUUCAGCCUUGUUUUAAUUUCCGUGUGUCUCAUUGAGGAUUUAGCUGUAGUCAAGUCAGGCACACAAUCCGUCUCAGGCAGCAAGUAGGACACACUUGAUGAAAUUGGCCUCCACACCUCAGUUCCUUUCCAUAAAUAUAUCUCAUGUAUAUUUUUCCCCCUUGUUAUAUUUUCUACUUAAUCCUUCUGAGGCUUUUUGAAAUUCCCGAAUACUGAGCUCAGCAUUAUAAACAGUCAUCGUUCAUCUACUUCAAGCUGAUGUGUUGAGUUCUGUUUUUAUCCGUUUUUUAUUAUUUAUUUCCUGCAUUGUUCAGUAGGAGAUAAACAUUGAAAACAAAAGAACAGAUAAAAUUAUUCUAGUUGGAUGACCUUCAGAUUCCGUUAAAGGCACACAAUUUUCCUUUUUUUUAUUAUUUGCUCUCCUUAUCCAGCCGAGUCCCACUAUAUAUGCAUUACACUUUUAAAUGUGCAAGUCAUAUAACUUCCAGAGUCUGGCACUGCACUGCAGAUUUCAACUUCUCCAACUUCUUCUCAAUCUGCUCCUUCAAUAUCACGGAGAAUACUGUAUCAAGUGAAAGUUGGGGAUCUGGCCAUCGUCCAAAGCAAUAAGCGUAUGGAGCCAGCGCAGCAAACAGUGUGCUGCCGUCCAAGUACUUAUGGAGCUCACUGUAUUAUUACAGUGUCUCACUGACAGCUCGGACGCCAUUUUGAAAUGUUUGGUCUCAUUGAGCUUUUCAAUGUCACUAACUCGCUGCUGCUGCUGCUGCUGCAUCUGCAACAUCAUCAUGUUCAUCGUGCGUGUGUUUCGUGUCAUGACGAUGUUCCCGCCUCCCACAUGCAGGACCGCAGAGCAACGACGCCCACUGUAGCUGUUCUCCUUUCGGGUUUACCGGCGUCUGUGAUGUCAGUGACCACGUCAAAGCUCCCUGCUGGUUAUCACCUUGCACUUCUCACAUCAUUACCCUUUGAGAUUUGUCCAGAAAAACAAAGUUGAACGAUACGGUACGGCGUUAAAGCCACAGCGUGAAACUUUUGACCUGCAGGCGAUCAAGGGAAUCGUAAGUUCCCACCCCAGAAAAAAACUUGUCACUCACCUUGAAGAGCUGUCGGCCCUGAAAUGGCAUCUCGCCCGAGGCUAAGAUCACUGACAUUCCCUCAAGCCGCCGUAGACGGCAAAGCCGAGGAAGGAGGGGGAAAAAACAGCAGCGCUGAUGUUCGGUGUGUUAUUGAAGAGAUUUUUUUUUUCCCCCUCCUCAAGACGAGCUCCACUCUUUAUUUUACUACCGCCGCAGUUUGUUGCUGCGAGUCACCUUGACGGGGACAGGGGACCGCAGCGCCGACUAUACCCACUGAAAAGGGGAAUAUAAAUGUCCCGAACAACAUUGGAAAGUCAGACAAACAAGAGGAUUUACAUUUGAAAGAACAGGGUCACUGACAGACAUACACUGCAUAUGGAUCGCGGCGUGUUCGCUGGUUUGCAUCAGAAGCAGGACGCGUGUAUCUUUGAGUGUGUCCGGGCCCCCAACGCCGUGUUAUUCCUUGGCAGCAUAUUGUGGUCAAGUCUGUUAGGAAAUAGGAAAUCUCACACCGACUUUCAAACAAAAGCUGAUGGAACCAGUUUAUGAAGCCGAGAAUAAUUUGCAUCAAUCGCGAAGGAUUGUUCCGUCAGUGUUCAGUAUGCCUGCUAACGACCCACACAUCCAUCACAGUGUCUCAGUAGCCAGGCGUAGUUUGACAUUUUCCAGGAAACCAGAAGAGAAUCCAGGAUGUAACUGGGCCCUUGGACAUCAUAAUAAUAUCAUAUAGUGAUAACUCUUAUAGUUUAUAAUAUCGUUACAGUGGUUAUCUUUUCUUAGGGGCAGCACUGUGAUUAGUUUUGUGGGUUUUCUUUUGAUGGAUUUUGGGUUUGUUUGUUUUCUUCGGCCUUUCAUCGAUUCCGUUCUGUUGCUUCUAAACGAAGGAAUGCUAAAGCAUCAGAGAAUAUAAAACACUGAUGAAAUGGCUGUGGGUUGAGCCAGUCGAGAGUUUUAUUUGGCCAAAAACUUUUAUCGAUCGUCACUUUGAAACUUGAAAACAGUUGAACAGGAAGUGGCGUCUGGUUCAAAGACACUGGAAUGAUUUUUUUUUCUUCUUUUUUUUUAAAUUGGUUUAUGUUUUCUAAAUCCUCCUGUGCGUCCUCAUCCUCCUGUAAAAUGUUUCUGCACCGGUGCAGGAAGAAGCCUCAGAGCUGCUUCUCACGCACCUGAUGGGACUUCACUUUCUGCGCGAAGUCAUUCCUCUGUAUCCAGAUACCCAACAGGCCGUGAAAUGGAUCAGAAUAAUUGUAGCGUUUUUUGUCAGUUUCACACUCGCAUUGUUACAUGAUCCUUCAGAUUACACUGAAUUUCCAUCAUGGAGGGCUAAAAUAACAUUUUUGAUACAUAAGAUUCUGUCUAUUAUUAACCUGCUGUAAUAACAAUUGCUCUUAUCAAUUCAUUGUUUGUUUUUUGUUGUUUUUGAUUUGUUUUUCUUUGUUCCUUAAUUUUGAAAAAAUGUCUGAUUGCAGGGAAAACAGAAACUGGUGGAAUUUGAUUCUAUUAAAUGUCUCGAAUUUGGGGAUUUGCCCGGUCGCAUUCUUGUCAUAUUUUAUAAAGUUUAUCGUGAUUAUACAAUUCA